CACCCACCCCGACAACCCAGCCGCAGCGAUGAGCAAGCUCUGGGGCGGCCGCUUCACCGGCAAGACGGAUCCGAUCAUGGAACGGUUUAACAACUCCCUGGACGUCGACCGCGUGAUGUGGUCGGCCGACAUUGCCGGCAGCGUCGCGUAUGCCACGUCCCUCGAGGCAGCGGGUGUCCUCUCUGCGGCAGAGGCGGGCCAGAUCCGCGAGGGGCUGGGCAAGGUGCGCGAGGAGUGGGCCUCGGGCGCCUUUGUCGUCAAGGAGGGCGACGAGGACAUCCACACCGCCAACGAGCGCCGGCUGACGGAGCUGAUCGGCGCGGUGGGCGGGAAGGUGCACACGGGCCGCUCGCGCAACGACCAGGUGGUCACCGACCUGCGGCUGCACCUGCGCUCCGUCUGCGCCGAGCUCGCCACGGAGCUGGCCGGCCUCGUCACACUCGCCGCCAAGCGCGCCACCGCAGAGGUGGACCUGCUCAUGCCGGGGUACACGCACCUCCAGUCGGCGCAGCCGGUGCGCUGGUCGCACUGGAUGCUCGCCCACGCGCAGGCGUGGCGGCGGGACCACGGCAGGCUGGUGCAGGCGGCGGAGAGGAUGAACGAGUGCCCGCUCGGCUCGGGCGCCCUCGCCGGCAACCCGUUCGGGGUGGAGCGGGAGAGCCUCGCUUCGGCGCUCGGCUUCGCGCGGCCGACGGCGAGCGGCGACGGACGCGGUGUCAAUGCGUCCUCACUGGCAAACUCGAUGGACGCGGUGUCGGACCGCGACUUCGUGGUCGAGCUCUCCGGCUGGGCGACGCUGCUGAUGGCGCACCUGUCUCGCUUCGCCGAGGAGCAAGAGUCGUCUCGGCGCGGGAGCCGCGAGGCCGACAUCAUCGUCUUCUCCACGCAGGAGUUCGGCUUCGUCAAGUGCGGAGACUCGUACUCGACCGGCUCGUCGCUGAUGCCGCAAAAGAAGAACCCGGACGCGGCGGAGCUGCUGCGCGGAAAGGCGGGCGGGGGCCGCGAGCCUGGUCACCGGGCUCCACCCGCCCCGUGCCGCGGCCAGGCGAACCGCGUGCUUGGCCACCACACGGCCCUGCUGGCGAUGAUCAAGGGCUUGCCGCUCACCUACAACAAGGACCUGCAGGAGGACAAGCAGGCGCUCGGCGCAGCCUCGACGCCGCGCAGCCAGUGCACUGCGCUCUUCGAUUCGCUCGACACGGUGCAAGCCGCCCUCAAGAUCACCUCCGGCGUGCUAGCGACGCUGCAGCCAGCGGCGGCGCGCAUGCGCGGCGCGCAACAGCUUCCUCUCCCGCUCCUGCCAGCCGUGAGGGGUGCGAGGUCACCCCUCGAGCUGCGGACAGGCGCGCUCAACUCGUUCAUGCUCGCCACCGACCUCUCCGAGUACCUCGUGCGCAAGGGCGUGCCCUUCCGCGAGACGCACCACGUCGCCGGCCGGGCGGUGCAGCCCGCCGAGAGGAGCUGCAAAGGCAGGAGAGUGGCCGCGGUACAUGAGACGCAGCACGGUGCACACCAGGUGCAGCUCGCCGAGGAGAGGAGCUGCGCGUUGACCGAGCUCUCGGUCGCCGACCUGCAGUCCCUCCACCCGCUCUUUGGCGACGACGUGCUCGCCGUGUGGGACUUCGACGCCUCUGUCGAGCGGCGCGACUCGAUCGGCGGGGUGAGCAAGCGGCGCGUUCUCGAGCAGGCCGACGCACUCGCGGCGUGGGCCGACGCCGCGGCUUGAAGGGCUGAGUGCGAGCGGCGCGGCGAGGGCGACACCCGGCACCCAGUAGUGGCGGUGCGGGGCGGUCCUCAGCGCUGACUCGGCGCUCCAGACCGAUGUGCAUGUGCAGUUAGGGAGAGCGGGCGGACUCGAGUAAGGUAUUGUGAUGAGUAUAUGCAAGGGCGAAGGUCUGCGAUUAGC